AUGCAUAGUCCCAAUUCCAAUUUUGGUGCCGGUUGUUUUAUUCGGAGGUUCUCGUUGCGUAGGAAGAAGUGGCCUGAUGACUACGUUGUCACGGGGGGCAGACUGAGCACCAUAGCCAGGGGAAAGCACAGCUCCACUUCCUCCUCACCCGUUUCCCCCUCUUUUGCCUUCUCAUCUUUCGCCACCGUCGCCCCUAUAUCACCCGCCCCUCUGCAACCGCUCACCUCGCAUGCCCUUGCAGAGCUGCGGGCCCAAUUCUCCGAGCAGCUCAAAUGCCUCGACGCAAAGCUCGAUCUCGACGUCACUGUGUUGUCGGAGCUUCACGAAUUUUAUCGUCGCCGGGCUCUCGUUGAACAGGAUUACUCCGAUGCACUAGCCAAGCUCGUAAACUCCCUCAAACAUAAGCACUCUAAUGAAACUGGAAAACGGCCAAAUUGGGCAAACUACACCACCACAACACUAUGGAAUACCUUGCUGGGAACAACCCUCCAUCUCUCUGAUGUCCAUGCCACCCUCUCGGAGAUCUUUGGCAAGCAUAUGGUCCAGCGUUUUACUGAUAUGGACGAGGACGCGAAUCGUCUACAUAAACAAUGGCACCUCAAGUUCUUGCAUGGGUUUCGGAAUGCUUGCACCUCUGAGGUCGCAAGCAUGCGGAUCGGUCGUACGAAUAGCGCAGCGCCACCACAAACACGCGUGUUAGUUGUGCAAUCGUUGAGUACAGACAAUGAGAAUGUUCGAGGCGAGCAUUUCGACCCCAUGUGGUUGAACGAUUGGCACCGGGUUUGCAAGCGCAAGCAGCGAUCUGAGCGAUGGUUGCCAAUAUUUGGUGGUGCCGCAAGUUUUAGCCAUGACCCAGAUGCACAGCUGGCCACAUUUGCAUCAUGCACAUGUACCCAAAUCGGUGGAUUUCCAAAUCUGUUUUGCCCAGCGGAUAGGUGUAGGGAGAUGAUGGUGCACUGCCAGGAGAAGGUGUUCGCCAACAUCUCCAAGCUGCAAUCCGACCAGCGAGAGUACGGCCAGCGCCAGAGCACUCAACUGGACUCCGACCGCAUUUGCAAGCGCAGUGAGGAAAAGCUCACCGCCGUACUCGAUUACAUCCAGUCGAAAAAGAAGGAGCCGGAGAAGAGUCAGAAAUUCCGGCGUGCUCAGGCUGACUACAAUCAAAAAUACCAGGCUUACGAGAACACAAUUCUGGCAACCAAUCAUGCGCGCAACGAGUAUCUCAUCCAGCUCUCUGCUGCCAAUCAAAGCAUUCACCGCUACUUCACUGACGAGGUUUCCGAUAUUUUCGACAUGAGAAACAUAUGGUCUAUGGUUUCUGGCGUGUGUGUAGACUGGGAAGCAAGAAGUAAGCUUAUUCAGGCUCAUCCCUUUUCCACCACCCAGUGCAUGAGUUGUGGCCUGCAUAACAGCCUGGCGCGCGCAGCAAUGAUGCAUCUGAGUUGUGAAGAGUCAGUGAAGAACUACCACGGCUCUGUGGGCGAGAUGAUCAACCGCAACAUCACUGCACUCGACUGGCGCGCCGACAAGGCCACCUUCCUACGACGUAAUGAGGUCGCUUUCUCCCGACCACCCGCCUUCUCUUUCCUCCCCUUCAAGGACGACUGUGAGUCAGACGUGAUUGCUGUCCCUCCACUCCGCAACAGUUUAGCCGCAACCGCUGCUGAUCUGCGGGCCAACCUCGAUCAGCUAAAGGCUUCAACAGAAGAGGCCUGGAAUAAUCUGCAAGACAUCGAGAAGAAAUUGUUGGUGCUGAUCAAUCAGAAUGACUACGACGUUUCCGAGUUGUUCGCGGACCCCACGCUGUCGGGCAGGCGUCGGCGCCGCCAAUCAGUCAGUCCGGUGAACGGUGAGUCCGGGAGGCCCGUUCCUCCCAGUCCUGCCACAAAUGCUGGUGGACCUGCUGCUGCAGCCUCCUACACCUCGCUCAACAAGGGCAGUGGGUUUGGAAGCGGUGGUGGCUUUGGCGGUGGUGGAAAUACCCCGCUCUCCUCCUCUCUGCCACCAGAGGAGAUGGGCUCUGAGGCUUCCGUGGGCUCCUCCGGCACUGAGAUUCAACCCGGGCUCUACUUGACCAUGCGCAACGCUUACCGGGAACAGCGAAUCCGAGAGGAGCGCAUCUAUAUGGAGGUGGACACAGUUGACAUCCGGUUCUCCGCAUACACACAAGAAAUGCAUCGUUGUGUUGUGAUGCAAGCAAAGCUAGCAGAGAUCGAGCGUGCUCUAGCAAACCACCGGUCAGCAGCAUCGCCAACGUCCACGAAGGGGCCUCCGUCCCGCCAUCCCCCCCUUUCGUUAUCGCCGUCGGUGCAGCUGCGGUGUUCACCCUCCCUCUCCGCGACCCCUGGUAGUGGCGGUGGUGAUGCAAACCUGACGGUGGCUGCAUCCACACCAUCGAGUGAGACAGGUCCGGAAACACCGUUUUGGGCACCGCCGCCUCCACCGCCCGCCACUACGCCUCCCUCCACCUCUAUUCCAGGUUCUGCUGCAGCCACUGCGGUGCAGCCAGCCGCUCUCGUGAAAUUGGCCACUCGCCGUGUCCUCCAGGUGCCCAACGUUGGUCGGCCCAAACUCUUCGGUGGCACUAUUGACGAAUACGUCACGAAGACGGGCGAACAGAUUCCCCGUGUAAUGCUCUCUUGCAUUCGUGUCAUCAACCUCUACGGUAUGCACCACCAGGGUGUGUUUCGAGUUCCCGGCAGCCAGGCGGAGAUCACCAACUUCAAGGAGGCCUUCGAGUAUGGCGAGGACCCUCUGGUCGGCCUCUCUGACGCACGCAACAUCAAUUCGACUGCUGGGCUGUUGAAGCUCUACUUCCGCGAGCUGGGAGAGCCACCAUUCCCCAAAGAAAUAUUCAUGGAACUCGUCAAAACUGUUCGAGAAAAACGCGAUUGCGAGGAGUGUGUGGAUCGCCUUGCAUCGAUAAUUUCUUGCGGUCUUUCGCAUUCUGUAUUUAUCGUCAUGCGCUACCUUUUUGCAUUCCUUAAUCACCUCGCAGAGUACUCUGAUGAGAACAUGAUGGAUCCCUACAACCUGGCAAUCUGUUUUGGACCGACCCUGAUGCCAGCACCGCCGGACAUCGAUCAGGUGGAGUUCCAGUCCAACGUGAACGACGUGGUUAAGCUGUGUAUCAACCACCACCGGCGCAUCUUCGACCCCACAGUGCCUGGUGCGUACUACGAGAAGUUCGCCGCCUACGCCUCCGCGGUCCCUCCAGUGCUGCCGCGCGCCAUUGCUAGUGAGGCUGUCAAGAAGGUUUGCAGUCUGCGCCGUCAGGCUACCGCCUCCACUGCAACUGCGACAGCAAUAACGGGCCAAGAGCCUCUCGAUAGUGGUUCUCAACGUAGCCCCUAUGUACCGGGAACCAACACUUCCGGGGUAGCUGCCACUGUGGGUACGUCCUACAGCUCCAGUGGCAAACAUACGGGCUUCGUUUCUUCGACGGAUCGACUGUCACUCGACGAUGAACUUGAUGAUGAUAACGACGACGAAUUAGACUCGGACGCUGAAGAUGAUGAUUCGCAUCCGCUGCACGCAACCGCGUUGGCGAGUUUCGUGGGCGCCAGCGCUCGCGAGCUCUCUUUCCAGCGAGGCUCAGAGCUCUUGCUUUACCGUCGCCUCAACGAGCACUGGUGGGAGGGGCAGGCGGCUGCAGAGUCUGACGGACCGCGCUACCUCGUGCCGCAUCUCUACGUGAAGCUGUUGGUCGAGGGUACCACACCCCCAUCCAUCCCCGCCCGCGAUCCUACCACCACCGACGAGAGUACCGGCGGCGUUGACGACGAUGCUCCUCCCCUCUCCACGUCCACCCUCAUCACCGCCCCUGCUGCUUCUUCACCGCCGAAGAAGCCGCUGCCCACAUCCUCCCCCACAGUCACUACACCUGAUUUCCACAAAGGCGCUACUCAUGGGGCAUCGUCCACAUCAGCCGAAUCUCGAAGUGUGACUUCGCCCACCGUUUGCAAAAUCGAGUUCGGCAAUGAUGACGUGGAGACUUCUCUCGAAAUGGACAGAAAAGACUCUGCUGAUGAGGAUAAAAAGAUUGAUGAUACCAAAAGACACACUUUAACGGAUGAAAACGAAGUCAGUGAUGAACAGGAGUCGGCCUCCACCUCUUCCUUUCCCUCCCUCAUAACUCGAUCAAUGAGCAACUCUCCACCCCCUGUAUCACCCCAAAGGCGAGCUGGCAACCGAUGUUCGUGGUCAGAAGCGCCCACCUCCUCUACUUCCGCCACUCCAGCCACCUCGACAGCGCCUGGUUUGGAGACUCUGCCGGAGGAUAGACUCGCCAAUAUUAAACCCUCACUGAGAUCUUCCACCGCCGAGGGUGCCGAAGCCACCGAGCCCUUUUCAACCAGCAAUGGAUCUCUCAUUCACGUUGAUUCUGCUCUUGCCGAGGUGAUGCAUAGCAUGGCAAGCCUGGAGGAUCAAUCGCGUGAAUUGGAGCAGAAAAUUCGCCUUCUCUCCGCGGCCAAACACACUCCCGAUCUCGUUCUUGGACUUCCGGAUCGUCCACAGCCGCCGAACUGGGGUCGCACUCCCAGCAGUUCGAAGGAGGAAGAUUCCUCAGGACCUGGCAAGAAUGCUGCGGACACCUUUGCUGAACAGGCGGGCGGCACAGUUCGCAAGCGAGUGAGCACGCAAUUGGCCCACUUUGCAGAGCCAUCGAGGCCACUGAUUACGUCCGCUUCGCUCAGCAAUGACCUCGGCUGGUCCGAGUCCGCGCCUAAACCAGUCGCUACCCCCGCUACAUGGUGGUCCACAAGGAAAUUAAUUUCUCAGACAGAGGAAGAGGGUAGGGAUGGUGUGAUGAGCAAGUCCUUUGUGAGUAAGAACAAAAGUGUGGAGAAGGAGAACGUGACAACCACCAGCGCCACUGACUCACCGGUUCCAAUCAAGCGCGGGUCGAUAGCGGCUCGCGUCGCAGCCUUCGAGGCCUCCACCAAUAUCGGCAGUUCCACAAGUAGUACCUCAGCUCGUCCCAGUUGGGUGAAGAAGACGUAA